UUUGUUUGUGAUUGGAAAAACAAAUUCAUUGUUGCUAUCCCUGAUUGCUAGGUUAUUAAAUGUUUCACCUCAAUUUUUUAAUUGUUUAAUGAAGCGAUAGAUUACGAUAUAUAUAUAUCGUAAUUAUGGAAAAUCAAGAUACCCCUCAAAUUAUCACUCACAUAGAACAUAAUCUUGAUCAUUCGUUGUUCGAUUGUAAGUGGAUUCCUUGUUCGGCGAAAUUUGUUGUUAUAGGAUCUCUACCUAAAGGAAGUGGCACAAUUGAAAUUUUUGAAAUAACAUCUGGCGAAAUAAAUAAAAUAAAGGAGAUAGAACGUCCAAAUUCUUAUAAAUGCUGUACGUUUGGAGCCAGCAGUGAUAUCGAACGGCGACUUGCAACUGGUGACUUUAAGGGUACCCUAGAAAUAUGGGAUCUUGAAAAAAGUUGCCAAGUAUACAUAACAAAAGAACAUUCAGAUAUAAUUAAUUCAGUAGAUGGAAUUGGUGGUAAUAUUGUGAAUUGUGGAGCUCCUGAAAUUGUAACUGGAAGUCGGGAUGGAACUGUUAAAGUUUGGGAUCCUCGACAAAAGGGUAAACCAGUUGCAAAUAUGCAACCAGUAAAAGGAGAAACAAAAAGAGAUUGUUGGGCGGUGGCAUUUGGUAACUCUUUCAAUGAUGCAGAAAGAAUUAUUACAGCUGGUUAUGAUAAUGGUGAUUUAAAAAUGUUUGACCUUCGCACAAUGUCUUUGAGGUGGGAAUGCAAUUUAAGAAAUGGGGUGUGCUGUGCUGAAUUUGACCGUAAGGACAUUCCAAUGAACAAAUUGGUAGCGACUACCUUGGAAGGGAAGUUUCAUGUGUUUGAUGUUAGAACACAGAAUCCUACUAAAGGGUUUGCACAGGUGCUUGAUAAUACAAUUAAGAGUGGCACAAUAUGGGUGGCACGACAUUUACCACAAAACCGUGACUUGUUUGUGACUUGUGCUGGUAAUGGGCAUGUAUCAUUAUGGAAAUAUGAAUAUCCCGAACAACGCUACCAUGUCGAUGCCCAAGGAGUGGCCGUCGGUAUUCCCGGUAAAUUGAAGCGCUUACAACGCAUGGUGAUUAGCUCGCAGCCGAUAAACGCAUGGGAUUGGAACAAGGAUCACUUCGGCCUAGCUGUUGCUACGGCGUAUGACCAGUAUGUUAGGGUUCUAGUCACUACGAAGCUGAAUUUACAUUAGUUGUCAUUUAUUUUUAUUUUUUAUUUGAAAAAAAAAAACAUGCAUAAGUAAGGCCCUUUAUUUGAUAUAGUUACAUUUGACCUCAGAAAAGGGGUUUUGUAGUGUAAUUACUCAAGAUAUUACAAUUAAUUUAAAAUGUGAUAUGUUGACGUUUAAAUAAAUAGCUCUACAAUUAUCCUUUUUAUUUAUUACUUCUAAAGUGAAUAUGUAACAUCACACGCAGCUUGUACCUACAGCCUAACAAAACGUACCUCUUAGUAUAUUUACAAUUUAAGUGUUUAAAAAAAACACAGUGUGUGCAUUUUGUUAACGAAGUAAAUAAAACAACAUGUUAAUUUUCUAACUCAAAAGAGCGUUUUAUUGUAUCUUAGCGCUUAUCAUAAAUAAAAUUAAGGCUAGCAUUCAGUUCUUAUUUUAGACUAACGUCAGAGCAGUUGGUUUGUCGUGGGUGAAGCCGUGGUCCGGUACAGCCAGUAUUGAAUCACUCCGAAGAAACUUUGUCUUGUUAUUCUUCCGUAAAGCGACCAAAGCUUGGGAUUAUUAUUAUUACAUACAACUAAGUUUUUAUUAUUUCAUAAUCCAAGCCGAUACACUUAUACGCAAGUGACACUUAGCCAACCACACUUUAACUGAUAAUGCUAAAUAUUCAAACGGAAAUCUUUAACACAUUGAAGCGUAAAACAGACAAAGUAUUUCAUUAUAAGCUAAAUGAACACUAAAUUGAAGGUAGAUUUAAUGAUGAUAAUAUAUUCUAUUUUUUACUUCAGGAAAGGUCAAUAUAAUACACUAAGGUACAAUGUAAUGUUACUAUCACUUUUUGCUUUAAACAUAUUAUUAUCGUUAUUGUAUAAGACAUGUUAUCUAUAAGCUAGCAAAGAGAUUCAAUGUGAUCAAAGUGACGUUUCUUAAAAAACUCAAAAUUUCCACGUAUUUCAAUCUCUUCGCCUAACGUGUAGAUAAACAACCACACUUAGACUAACUGUCUCGUUUGCCCUGAUAGUUACAAUCCCUUAUAAAAUUAUUCAUUGCAGACUUUAACAUAUAACAGGAAAAUACAAAAAUUAUACAUGUGACUACCCAUACAGAUUAUAUUACGGCCAAAAAUGAAGCCUUACCGAAUGAUACCUAUAUAAACUGCCGACCAUCACUACUAGUGGAUUCAAAUUGUACAAAAACUAAUUGUUUCAAAUUUUGUAAACCUUUAUCGUCUACACUCUAUUAACUUACAAUAAUUUACAAUUUUUUUUUUUAACUAGGGCAUGUGUUCAUGCAAAUCAAACUGUAAAUCCGAUAUUGAGAUCCAAAUAAAUUAUUAUAUAAGUCUAAUUAAAGGAUUAUAAAUUUCAAAAUAAUGUAAGAACACACUAUGAGAACUGUUGAUGCAUCAUUAUUGGUAUUUCUCAACCCACAUACUGUGAUAUGAGAAAUACCAACAGGCAGACAAAGGAUUUAUAUAUGAAAGACAAGACAACUUCUUACCUAUAAGAGGAUACCUGUACUAAUAUAGAUAAAAUUUAUUAAAAUCAUGUAUGUAAAAGAAAAUACACACUUCAUCACAGCACAGUGCAAUGAAUUGUCAAAUUACAAUGCAUGUUUAUUCAAAGGUUGCUUUUUAAUUAUAAAAAUAUAUGACCUUUUUAGAACUCCCUUUGAUUGAUGGGAAAUAUUCUUAUAUGUAUUUCACCUCAUAUACUAUUUAAUUUUAUAAAUCACUGACACAAAAAUAAACGCACAAACAUUAUUUUAUUAUAUGUAAUUAUUCAUUAACAAAAACAUGAAUACACCAAAGCGAUGAGUUAAAAUUAAGGCCAAAUCGGAAUACAGUUUUUCACUAUACUACUGAGGCAGAAUUAAAAUUGUUAAAAAGCGUCUUACAGUGAAGUACAUGUUUUUGCAAAUCAAUAUUUUUUGUGUUUGCAUACAAAUGACUAUUAUUGUUUUAUAUCUAGUAAAUUAAAUUUCAAUGUGUAUUGAAACCAUCCCAUAAACUAAUUGGAAACAAAUGCUAAACGAUUCUAGAACUAACAUCACUUAAACCGACGAAGCCACAUUAAAAACCGAACAUAAAUUAAACGAACAGUCAUAUUUACAUUUCAUUAUUAUACCAUUUUAUUUUUCUAUAUCCAUUAUCAUCGAUUGCAUUAUUACUAUCAUUGAAAAGAAAAAAACAAA